CAAUCAGCGCGCCGUUUUAUUCAGUCAGUGAGAUCUGCUGAGUCUCUCUUCAACUAUACGGCAGUUCUCCCACAAGGAAGCUUCACCUGUAAAUACUGAAAUAUUCCCAUCAACCAAGAAGUGAAGCAAAGUUUGUGAGAGAACAGUGAGAACAUGAGUGAUUCAGGAGCCUGCACAAUAAAACAGGAAGAUACUGAAGAACAAAUAGACUUGUUAAAAGAGAAAAACGAGAUAGAAGAUCUGAUUAAAAGGGGAGAGAAACAUCACAUCAAAACAGAAGAAAACCCAAAAGACAAUCCAUGUUUCACAUGCCUGCAGUGUACAAAGACUUUCUCAUGUGAGGAAAGUCUUAAUCUUCACAUGAAGAUUCAUAAAGAAGUGAAGCCACACACAUCUGAUCAACAUGAGAAGAUUUACAAAGGAGAAGUAACAGAUAACAUGAAAGUCCAUUCUGAGGAAACGGUGUACAAUUGUGAUCAGUGUGACAGGACGUUCACAGAUAAGAGAAAUUUAGCUGCACACGUGAAAUUUCACAGCGGAGAGAAGCCCUUCAUGUGUGAUCUGUGUGGGAGGAGUUUUCUGUAUACACGUACAUUAAAAAAACACCAGAAAUUACACAGCGCUGUGAAGAAUCACGUCUGCUCCAAGUGUGGCAAGAGCUUCUUCACAUAUAGUCAAUUAAAAAUCCACCACACAGCUCACGCUACAGAAAAACCUUUCAAAUGUUCUGAAUGUGGAAAGGGGUUCAAAUCAUUACAGUGUCAACAAAUACAUGAGUUGAUCCACAGUGGAGAAAAGCCCCACAAGUGUGAUCAGUGCGGGAAGACUUUCAGACUGAAAAACAAUUUUGAUUUACACAUCAGAAUCCACACUGGAGAGAAGCCGUACACGUGUGAUCUUUGUCAAAGGAGUUUUUCUAGAAAGGAUUGUCUUAAAAUUCACAUGAAAAUCCACACUGGGGAUAGGCCGUACACCUGUGUUCCGUGUGACAGGACCUUCACAAAUUUUGGAUGUUAUAGCGCACACAUGAAAACUCACAGUGGAGACCAGGCGUACACAUGUGAUCAAUGUGGAAAGAGUUUUCGCGAUGCAAGUGCAUUUAAAAGACAUCAGAAAAGACACAGCGGUUUGAAGGAUCACGUCUGCACUAAAUGUGGCAGGGGUUUUUUCACAAAAAAUGCACUAAAGGUGCACCAGACUAUUCACACUUCUGAAACUCCUUAUAAAUGUUCACACUGUGACAAAAGUUUCAAACGGCAAGAAUAUGUGAAACUGCAUGAGAAGAUCCACAGUGGAGAAAAGCCGCACACGUGUGAUCAUUGCGGGAAGAGUUUUAAUAAAAUGGCUACCUUAAAUAUGCAUAAGAAGAUACACCGAGGUUUGAGGGAUCGGGUUUGCUCCAAGUGUGGCAGGGCAUUUUUUACAAAUAAUGCUUUAAAAGUGCACCAGUCAGUUCACACUACAGAAACGCCUUAUAAGUGUUCAUACUGUGACAAAACAUUCAAACGGUUGAAAUAUCUGAAAACACAUGAGAAGAUUCACUCUGGAAUACAGCCGUACACGUGUGAUCAGUGCGGGAAGAGUUUCAGAAAUAAAGAAGGUCUAGACACACACAGCGCAAUCCACACCGGAGAGAAGCCGUUCACAUGUGAUCAUUGUGAGGCGAGUUUUGCCAGAAAGGUAAACCUUGCUAAUCACAUGAAGAUCCACACUGGAGAGAAUCUGCACAAAUGUGAUCAGUGUGGGAAAAGUUUCAGAAGAUUGAGUGUUUUAAAGGAUCAUCUGCUGACUCAUACUAGAGAGAGAAUCUAUAAAUGUAACCAGUGCGAUAAAAGCUUUUUUAGGCCAAGUUUUCUGAGGGAACACCUAAAAGUUCAUACAGAUGAGAGGCCAUACGUGUGUUAUUUGUGUGGGAAGAGUUUUCGUUAUACGAGUGGAUUAAAAUCACACCAGAAAAAGCACAGCGGUGUGAAGGAUCAUGCUUGCUCUGAGUGUGGCAAGACUUUCUAUUCUGUUAGUGCACUAAAAGGUCACCAGUCAGUUCACACUACAGAAACACCUUAUAAAUGUUCAUACUGCGACAAGAGAUUUAAACUGUUAAAAUAUCUGAAAAUACAUGCAAAGAUCCACAAGGUCAGUGAGUGAGUUCUGAUCCUGUACGUAUUUGUAUGAUGUUGUGCAGUCGAGUUAUGUAAUUAUUAUUAUUCAUCAGUUUUGUGAUUGAUUCAAAUGUUUUACCCAUUCUCAAUGUUUAGUAAUUAAGAAAAAUCAUUUCUGUUUUUGAGCUUGUAUCUUGUUGAGGAAAAAUGUUCAGACAGGCAAGAAUCAAUUUGAAAACCUCAACGUUUGUUUAAUUUUUCUUUGCAAAAAUGUAAAGCAGUGUGCUGGAUUAGUUUGAGUGACACAAUGAUGAAAUUGAAGUUUGUAAGCUCUGUACUGGUAAAGUGUGAGGGAUUAUGCAGAAAUGCUUUUGCUUGAAUGUGAGAACAUAAAUGAGUUUAAAAGGAGUUUUAUCGAGCUAACAUUAACAAAUGAAACAGAUUCAAGAUUUAUAUGCAGUGUUGCAUUUGUUUACAUUUUUUUUUCAAUGUGUCCUGAGAGUUUGAAAAUAAAAGUAAGCCCAUGGAUGUCAAUAAGAAA